UAUCCACAUGUAGGGAUUCAUAAUGUGCCGAAAUGAAAGUCCUCAUUGUGAGAGAUAGCGAGAGAGAUAUGAAGUUUUACCUCUGACUUCUAUCUAGAAUUGCCCACAAACAGGAGGGAUGUGCUGCGCAGACUACCCCUGAUGUAGCUGCUGCAGGCAGCCUCUUCCUACCAGGGAUGCCGUACAUGGUCCUCUGCCAGCCCUUUAACGGUCUAGCCAACAAAGAUGCUAUUUCACACUGGACGUCUGGAUCGUUUCACAUAGCUUGGUUCCAUCAUUCCUUCACUAAAACAUUCGCCCAUCCUCUGGAUUUUCUCAAUCAUCAUACACGCUGUCCCGCACUUCCUAGUUUCUCUUCGAUUCCACAACCACAUCCGUCUUGUGGCAGAAGCAUGUGUACUUGCAGACUGGACUGAUGUGUGUUACAGUACUGUUUAGCAUGUUUUGAAGAGGUGUUGUCCACAGGUGCAGUGGCAUUUGCAGAUCUGAGUGCGUUCAAGGUUUCUUACAAUCAUUAACACUCUGGCUACGCAGAAGGUGUGGCUGGAGGACUGGACGAUGUCAUUCAAGAGUGGAAUUAAUUGAUGCAAGCAAGGUGGAAUUGGAGAGCUGCGCCUUAUUGAUACUCUAGCUGGAGUUGAAGGUGGCGUCCUAGAAGAGCUGCAGCGUCAGUGGUGCGUUCUGUGUGUCAGGUUUCAACUAGUUUGCUAAUUACAGCGGACGUGGAUUCAAAUCAAUUUGAGGAGUUGAGAAGGCGAGAGCUUGAGAAAGUCGCUGCAAGAUGGUGGGCAAAGUACAGGCGUCUAUAGCUGGUGCUCACGGCAAGCAAUCUGCUCACCAUGCCAUGGUAGUUCCCCGAAGCAGUCAUCACACCCUAGUGCCGGAGGCAGUGGGACGUUCGCGGUCCGUUUCAAAUAAGCCGAAAUCCACUAGCAUCAAAAGGGCCAGAAAAGUUCAAGAGGGGAGGUAUAGAGGGGUGCGGCAGCGGCCGUGGGGACGGUAUGCGGCUGAGAUCAGAGACCCCAAUACGAAGGAGCGGAAGUGGCUUGGCACUUUCGACACCGCUGAGGAUGCAGCUCUCGCUUACGACACUGCUGCGAGAUCCAUGAGAGGAGUUAAGGCACGCACCAACUUUGUGUACCCUUCACAUGAGACUUCUCUUCUUUCCGCAGCGGCAGCAUUGGCGGCGCCCUACAGAAAUUUGCAGCACAGCGCACAGCAUCAGCAAGUGGAUGUGAUCGCACAGGAGACUCUCGGGGAAGUGUUGAUGCUCUCGACAGCCAAAAAUUCUCACAAUUACGAUUGGGGUAAUACUCAGCUGAGUUUUGACGAACCUUCCCGCAAAUUGUUCAACGUACAAGCAACACAAAAGCAACCGAUGGUUGGAUACAAGCUGCCUGGACAUGGGUGUAGGUACGUGGAUAGAAAAAUACAACCAGCUUCUCAACUGACUUGUCUUCCCAAUACUCUCCACAGCAACUUGCAGGACCAAAGAGCUGCAAUCCUCACAAGUUCCUUGAUCAAUGAUGUGGAGGUGGACGGCUUCAGGAUUAGUCCGGGGAAGCAAGAGCAGUGGCAUUGCGUCCCUGGCGAACACCAACAAUUUCGUCUCGACCAAUUCAAACGGAGUCCAAUUGUUAACUCUGAGUUGUUUGUAUCACGUUUUUGCGCCGCAGUAUCCCAACCGUUUCAGGUCUCUCGGAACGAUGAUAUUAAGAUUCCUUCCGAAAGCGUCUCGCCGUUAAGUGAAUCGAGUAUCUUGUGCGAUGAAGUUCCCAUGAAAACUUCUCUGUCCCAAGCGCCGAGACAGCUGCAGUUCGAGUCUGAAAAUUCAAGUGGGACACUACACCAGGUAGUGUCCAAGUAUGUCGACUCAAGCGGACCCACUGCAACCAUUGCGCUCGAGGAAACUUCCGUUGGAUGCGUGGUUAUGAAGUCUAAGGAAUGUUUGCUCUCCACGCAAGUUCCGUGCUCAGACGAAUCCUCAUCCUCGACAUCUGCAGUAUCACGCUUCAAUACAGAUACUGCGUCUUCGCCCACCACAGUUGCUGCUAGCAGCCCAGGACUGUUCUCUCUCUCUUCAGAAGUCGAAUCGACUUACAGUGGCCCUUACUCCUCAGAGGCCUGUCACCAACCGAGUGCUGCCCUGAUGUUGAAUACAUCUUUAUGCCGAAAUCCGGACAAUUUGGAAAGCAUCCUGCCUCCUAGUCUCUUAACCAACUGGGAGUAUCAUGAUGCUCCUCUCCAUGCAAGCUGGGUGUGGGACAUGCCUAUUCCUCAUACUUCCGCAUCCGUGACAGCUCUGCAUAGUACUACAACAACCUCCAGGGCGGACACGGUCACAAAAUGUGAUCCUCAUCACAACACUUGGCAAAAUCUUUGCGAGCUACCAGAUACCAUAGCACAGUUUCUCAGCUGCGAUUCAAUUGAUAGCAAUGUGUCACAAGAGCAGUUACUUCAUCGUCUAUGCGAGACGGAAUCUACGAUAAAUCAUUGGAAAAUGAAUCCUGAAGGUGUUAGGAAGAACUCAGAGGGUUUCAACCCAAUGAUAGACUGGGGAGUAUCCAGGGGCUGCCAAGAGUCUUCGUCUGCGGCGCAUGCACUAACGGACGCCGAUGCCACGGAAUUGUGCAAUGAUGUGUACAUGCUUGAUAAUGUGCAUGAUGCGACUAAUUCCACAAUAAUACAAUGUCCAUUGUAUGAUGAUGAAUAUGUUUUUCAACAUCUAAUGGAGGAGUCCACCCUCAACGUUUGAUCUCAUGUCAACAGCAAUUUUUGGGUUCAUCUUUGCCUUCGCUGGCCAAUUCUGAUUCUAGAUCCAUGAUGGAUCGGUUUCUAGCUGUUGCGUAGGCACUUGAAAGACUUUUUUUCAGAGCCACGUGUAGAACGAGUAGACUCGUGGGUAAGCGAUGCUUUUGUACAGAAUCUUACUAGUGCAUUUUUUAUAGCAAUGUGUUCAUGAUGAUCGGAUAGGAUUAUGUGCAUGGAGAAAGCGGAGCUGCCUUGGAAUGACAGGGUAGUUAUUUAUUUCGCUUAGUACACAGAUUUUCAUUAGCUAGCCUUAGGAUUCUCGUAAUACACUAUGGAACUACAACUGUGGCUCACUUCUGCAAGUUGAUGUGAACUUCAGUGCUUAUGAUUUCAAGAUCCCACUGGUAUGGGAGCAUUGUCAACAUAUUAUUUGUAACACAAAGUCGGCACUUCUGAAGCUAUUCAUUACA